AAACAUGGAAGUUUGCAGACAGCAGUCAAGGCACAUGUCAUCUGAAAGCGUGUUAGACGACAUUUUAGAAGUUGUUUCAAAGAAUUGUGCAGCGCUUGAUAGAGACCCGAGCAAAUUGGUUGUACAGAGGCGUCAGAAGAAAUUACAGGAUGGAGACUUUUGCAUACCAAAAGGGUGUUUUCAGAUGAAUGGAGAGGAGUUUGCUCAUCUUAGGGAGAGAUUGCUAGAAGAGAGCAGGCCGUGGACAUGCCCCGUGAGGGAGGUAAAAUCAGACACUUACAACAGCAUGUUAAUCUCUCUAAAUCGUCCCACCACCCUCAAAAGUGUGAUAUCAUCCCUCCUGAAUUCUGAAGUUUCACAGGAUUCCAACUCCAUUGAUGACAGAGAGAGUAAUGAACUUAAGGGAGAUAAAUCUGUACCUGCAGUUAAUGAAACUCACAAAAUCAAAAGACGGACAUGUGAAAAAACUGUUUUAGUUAAUGCUCCUGACUGUUCUGAUUGUCAAUCAUUAGAACAGCUGAGGGGACUGGUGCUGACUCAGCAUAUAUUACAGCUGUUAAAGAUUAAUGGAUUAAGAGGCAAGCUUGCAACACAACCUGUGACAGAAAAUUCUAAAAGAUGGUUUGAACUGUUAAAUUUUGAUUGUGGAUUUUUGGAAGAGCAAGAAGAAAUCUGUGAUGUUAAACAUAUCCUAGAUGUAGCAAGAGGGUCUGAGUACAGACUUCAAACCAAGGGACAGGAAAAUAAACUUGUAGAAUCAGAGACCACAUCAAAUCACGAGCCUAGUGUGAAUACCUCAGAGUGUGUGGUUUUAAAUGCUGAAGAUUUUUUGGCAUCAAAAACAACAGAAGAUGGUGAUUUUGAUAAAAAUCUAGGAAAAAUUCACCUCAUGGAUGAAAAUGGACAUACAGAUACACUGAUUGAAAUAUCACACCUUCAGAAGUGUAAGGAGAAGAUGGAUCAGUGUGCUUGUGUCUUACACAUCAUUCCAGACAGGAAAAAUUUUCAGCAACAGAAAAUUCAUUUGGGUUGGCAGAUUUUGACAAAGGAUGCCCCCAGACAGAUUCAUCAGAUGUAUGGUUCAGUUACAGAAAGAAAAUCUAAAGAGUCUCAGAAAAUGGACUCACAGACUUUUUACAAUUUGAGGUUUGACCAAAUGAAAGAAGCUUCAGUCAUGAAAUAUGGGGAACGUGUCAAAGGUGCUGGGUGGAACAAGACAAUAGAGAACUUAACCAUGGCAAGUGUCAAAUUUGAGCUGCUGCAUAAUGUCCCACGGAAUACUGUGAAGCUGGACUUAUCAGAGGGGAAUGAAUUUGGAGGAGGUAUAGACAACAGAGCGGGGGCAUUUGUGAUGUAUAACUGUGCUCGACUGGCCACUCUAUUCAAACAUUUCCACAAGGCAGUGGAAGAAGGAGUGUAUCCUCCUCUACCUAGCAUUGAUUCCAUUGACUUUGGGUUGUUAAGAGAAGAGGAUGAAUGGUCAUUAUUUUUCAAUUACAUUUUUCCCUACCCUGAUUUACUCAGAACUACCGUGUCUGAUCUGUUUCCAUCUAAUGAUGGGAUUUAUGCAAAACUUGGAACACAUAAGAUAAGUAACUUCCUGAUUGGUUUGAGUCGGAGUUUAAGCUCCUACUACAGCCAUGUCCAUGUACUUGUAGAAAAUCGUCCUAAUUUAAUGCCCACCAUGUUUGCAAGACUAUAUCUGCUGAAGGCCAUUCAUUAUAUCCUAAAGGACGGUCUUCAUUUGAUGGGAAUCUCUCCACCAACUCAGCUAUAGGAUGAACUUCUCUCCUCUCUCACCGCUCCUUGGGUCAACUAUGAAAUGACUAGUGUAUGGAGGAAUGCUCAUGGAAAGGCAUCCUAUAGAACAACUUACUAUAUUAGGUUUUUAAAAUAGGUCAAGUUAAAGAUGUAAAGGUUCUGAAGAUAUGGCCAAGUGAAGAGAAUUUUUUGGACAGCUUUUUUAAUUUUUUUUUUUUUUUUUUUUUUUUUUUUUUUGUGGUUUAUCAAAAUAAUGGGGGACAACAAUUUAAAAGUAUUUUAUAUGUUGAAUUUUCUGUUAAU